GAGUGGGCAACACUUCUGAACGGAGGCGCAGCGGUGCAGCACAGUUCAGAAAAGCAGAGAGGAGAGAGGAGCAGUGCGGGAGAGACGGGCGCGCAUCCGUUAACUAGCUGGAGGAACGCACACUAACAAACCCUUAUGGCUGCUUGAGAAAUAACGAUACACCCCCCCUCCCCCCUUUUUUCUCUUUCUCUGGGACUUUUGGCUUUUAGUAUUGUCCUGACCAGAAGUUGUUGCAAGUCGAAUUAGUUUCUCCGAGUUGAAAAGUGAAUCCACUUGCCGUGGACGUCUCUGGCGGUCAUGGAUACCCAUAUAAGAUGGAAAGUUAAACGGACGAUAAGGGACGCCCAAAUCACUUUAGCGGUGAUUCUGCUUUUUGUCACAUCGCAAGCAAGUUCAGUGGAACCAGCAGACCUCUUGAAGAUUUUAGAUUUUCACAGUUUACCUGAGGGUGUUAUAAAAACAACGGGUCUCUGCUCACAUCGGAGGUCAACACAAGAACCUGAUGUGGCAUACAGAGUAUCCAAAGACGCCCAGCUCAGCGCCCCCACCAGACAGCUGUAUCCAGGUGAUGUGUUCCCGGAGGACUUUUCCAUCUUGGCCACAGUGAAGCCUAAGAAGGGCAGCCAGUCCUUCCUGUUGUCUGUGUACAAUGAACAGGGCAUCCAGCAGCUCGGACUGGAAGUGGGCCGCUCACCAGUGUUCCUGUACGAGGACCACACAGGCAAACCCAGCCCCGAGGACUACCCGCUCUUCAGAGGAGUCAACCUCGCUGACGGAAAAUGGCAUCGAGUGGCGAUCAGUGUGCACAAGGAGACCAUCACCCUCAUUCUGGACUGUAAAAAGAAGGCCACCCAGAAGCUGCUCCGAAGCGCCCACCCCAUCAUCGAUACCAAGGGAAUUGUAGUUUUUGGAACUAGAAUACUUGAUGAAGAAGUCUUUGAGGGAGACAUCCAGCAGCUAUUGAUUGUAGGAGACCAUCGCGCUGCCUAUGACUACUGUGAGCACUACAGCCCCGAUUGUGAAGUGCCAGUGCCAGACCAGCCUCAGAACCAGGACCCAAAGAUAAACACAGAUGCACUUAACAUAGACGAAGACAACUACUAUUACGAAUACCCUUACUAUGAGGACGCCGAUGGCAAGCCUGAUGCUGAGACAAAAGAAGUGAAGCUUACAGAUGGAGACAGAGUGAGGUCCACAGUGGAGGAGGUUUUGAGCGGCAAAGUGUUGACCACCGGCUCAUCCGCUGACUCAUCUUCCAGCUCAUCCUCCAGCUCUUCGGCGGGCUCUUCAGCAGGCUCUUCAGCGGGCUCUUCGGCGGCCUCUUCGGCGGGCUCUUCGGCUACUGCCACUGGCGGAGGAGAAGCCUACGGAGAGGAGACAAGCCCUUACGACAGCUAUGACAGCUACAACAACUACGAUACUUACUACGACGACACCACACCAUCGCCCGACACGGACACCUCUCGACGCGUCACCAUCACCAGUACCAAUGUUGGCACCGGGGACGAGCUGGAUCUGGGAGCAGCGGAAAAGAUUGACAUGGGUACGGGGACCGGAAUCGAAAGGCACGUCAUCACCAGCGGAGGAGGAUCUUCAAUAACCAUGACCACCGAUAAGACACCAGUAGGCGGUUCCCAAGUUGACUAUAGCGACGGAUAUGAUUAUAACGACGGCGGCGAUUUCACCCGUGUUGAAGGCGCUGACGGCAGCAGCAGUACAGUUCAUGUCAGUGGUGGAGGAGGCAGCAGUCACGUGCAGUAGGGCAGCAGCAGUACAGUCCACGUUGCAGGUGGUGGAGGUGGUGGAGGAGGCAGCAGCAGCAGCAGUACAGUCCACGGUGCAGGUGGUGCAGGUGGUGGAGGAGGCAGCAGCAGCAGCAGUACAGUCCACGGUGCAGGUGGUGCAGGUGGUGGAGGAGGCAGCAGCAGCAGUACAGUCCACGGUGCAGGUGGUGCAGGUGGUGGAGGAGGCAGCAGCAGCAGUUCUACCAUCACCAUCGGGGGUGGGUCUGCCGGAGGUGGUUCUGCCUCUGUGGGAGGAUCUUCCACCACUGGAGGGGGAUCAGCCAGCGCCGGCACCGGCGCAGGGGGAUCCAUCGCCACCGGAACAGGACUGGGUGUGGAAGGGGACGGUGACUACACGGAUCUGGAGGAUGGGUUCAAGGAGGAGCACCUCACAAACUAUGAGGAUUUAGAUUCCUAUGACGUCUAUGCAGACCUCGAUUAUGGUGACAAAGAGCGCAAAGUGCUGCCCGCUGAGACCGAUGAGUAUUAUGAACAGGUCAACGGAGCUCGUGGUGAGAAGGGAAUGAAGGGAGAGCCUGCUGUUAUUGAGCCUGGGAUGUUAGUGGAGGGUCCGUCUGGCCCUGAAGGCCCAACAGGUCUCCCCGGACCCCCAGGUUCUUCUGGCCCACCAGGCACUUCUGGAGAUUCUGGAGAGAGGGGUCUUCCGGGUCGUAGUGGUCUUCCUGGCGCGGAUGGUCUGCCAGGACCCCCUGGAACUGUCCUGAUGCUGCCUUUCAGAAUGAGCGCUGGAGGUGACUCUGGACAGAAGGGACCCGCUGUGUCAGCGCAGGAGGCCCAGAUGCAAGCCAUCAUGCAGCAGGCUCGGCUGGCGAUGCGCGGCCCUUCAGGUCCAAUGGGUUUGACUGGCAGAUCCGGUCCUCUGGGUUCUCCUGGUGUAGGAGGACUGAAGGGAGAAUCUGGAGAUUCAGGUCCUCAGGGACCACGUGGACCUUUGGGAUCCUUUGGACCCACUGGAAAGCCUGGCAGAAGGGGUCGUUCUGGAGCCGACGGUGCCAGGGGCAUGCCGGGACAGUCUGGACCCAAGGGAGACCGAGGGUUUGAUGGUCUGGCCGGACUUCCUGGUGAAAAAGGACACAGAGGUGACUCUGGCCCCUCUGGACCUCCUGGCGGUCCUGGAGAGGAUGGAGAAAGGGGAGAUGAUGGAGAGAUCGGGCCCAGGGGACUUCCUGGUGAAUCGGGGCCACGUGGAUUGCUGGGACCAAAAGGACCUCAGGGACCCUCUGGACCCCCUGGUGUAACCGGAAUGGACGGCCACUCUGGACCCAAAGGAAACAUUGGACCUCAAGGAGAGCCGGGACCUCCCGGUCAGCAAGGCAACCCAGGUACCCAGGGACUCGCAGGGCCCCAAGGAGCCAUCGGAACACCGGGAGAGAAGGGUCCUACUGGAAAGCCAGGCUUGCCAGGAAUGCCAGGAGCUGAUGGUCCACCGGGUCACCCUGGAAAGGAGGGGCCUAAUGGAGAGAAAGGACACUUGGGCCCCGCCGGCCCUCAAGGACCCAUCGGUUACCCUGGACCCCGAGGCGUGAAGGGAGCCGACGGUGUGCGCGGUCUUAAAGGACAUAAGGGUGAAAAGGGAGAAGACGGAUUCCCCGGCUUCAAGGGAGACCUGGGGAUCAAGGGCGACAGGGGAGAGCUCGGACCAGCGGGACCCAGAGGAGAAGAUGGUCCCGAGGGACCAAAGGGUCGCUCAGGUCUCCUUGGAGAUUCUGGACCUCUUGGCCCGAGUGGUGAGAAGGGUAAACUUGGAGUUCCCGGAUUGCCAGGAUACCCAGGAAGACAAGGACCGAAGGGAUCUCAAGGUUUCCAAGGUUUCCCCGGUGCCAAUGGAGAGAAAGGAACUCGGGGAACAGCAGGAAAGUCUGGCCCACGCGGACAGAGGGGACCAACGGGGCCUCGAGGAGAGAGAGGACCACGAGGACCAACAGGAAAGAAUGGACCAAAGGGUAACUCAGGAAAUGACGGCCCACCAGGUCCUCUCGGUGAGAGGGGUCUGCCAGGACCUCAGGGACCAACUGGUUUCCCAGGACCAAAGGGCCCUCCUGGACCUUCAGGGAAAGACGGACUGCCCGGACAUCCUGGACAGAGAGGAGAGACUGGAUUUCAAGGCAAGACUGGCCCUCCCGGCCCUCCAGGCGUGGUUGGACCUCAGGGACCAACAGGUGAGACUGGACCAAUGGGAGAUCGUGGUCAUCCUGGACCCCCAGGCCCACCUGGUGAGCAGGGUCUACCUGGAGCUGCAGGGAAAGAAGGAGCCAAGGGCGACCCCGGUCCUGCUGGCCCAGCAGGUAAGGACGGUCCUCCUGGGCCAAGAGGUUUCCCCGGAGAGAGAGGUCUGCCUGGCCCUGUGGGGGCUCACGGCCUGAAAGGAAGUGAAGGACCUCAUGGCCCACCCGGCCCUGCUGGUUCUCCUGGUGAGCGCGGUCCUGCUGGCCCAGCCGGACCUACAGGUCUCCCUGGACGCUCUGGCCCCCAGGGACCCCCAGGGCCUUCCGGAGAGAAAGGUGGACCGGGAGAGAAAGGACCUCAAGGCCCAGCUGGAAGAGACGGUAUUCAGGGACCUGUGGGUCUGCCAGGACCUGGAGGACCCCCUGGACCAUCUGGAGAGGACGGAGACAAGGGAGAGCUCGGAGAGCCGGGCCAGAAAGGAGGCAAGGGCGACAAAGGAGAGCAUGGUCCACCUGGUCCCACCGGCCCUCAAGGACCCGUUGGAGCACCCGGUCCAGCUGGUGCAGAUGGAGAGCCCGGUCCCAGAGGUCAGCAGGGUCUGUUCGGCCAGAAGGGAGAUGAAGGAUCAAGAGGGUUCCCUGGACCUCCAGGACCAGUUGGGCUGCAGGGCUUGCCUGGUCCACCCGGUGAGAAAGGUGAAACUGGAGACGUUGGUCAAAUGGGUCCACCCGGCCCCCCUGGUCCCCGAGGCCCCUCAGGACCCCCAGGAGCCGAUGGCCCUCAGGGACCUUCCGGUGGCAUUGGAAACCCUGGUGCUGUUGGAGAAAAGGGAGAUGCUGGUGAAACAGGAGAGCCAGGUCUUCAAGGAGAACUUGGCCCACCAGGUUCAAGAGGAGAGCGAGGAGAAAAGGGAGAGUCCGGUCCGGCUGGUACAGCGGGACCUCCCGGCCCUAAGGGUCCCCCUGGAGAUGAUGGUCCCAAAGGCAGCCCAGGUCCAAGUGGUUUCCCUGGUGACCCUGGCCCACCUGGAGAGCCCGGUGCAUCUGGAUUAGACGGUCCCGCUGGUGACAAGGGAGAUGAUGGAGAGGCUGGUCAAGCUGGUUCACCUGGACCCACUGGAGAGUCUGGUCCCUCCGGACCUCCAGGAAAGAGAGGCCCCCAUGGAAUAGCAGGACCUGAGGGAAGACAAGGAGAGAAGGGAGGCAAGGGAGAAUCUGGCAUGGAAGGUCCCCAAGGAAAGACGGGUCCCGUUGGUCCUCAAGGAUCACCCGGCAAGCCCGGUUCUGAAGGCCUCAGGGGUAUCCCUGGCCCAGUUGGAGAGCAAGGUCUGCCUGGUUCUUCAGGCCCAGAUGGACCUCCCGGACCUAUGGGUCCUCCUGGUCUGCCCGGUAUGAAAGGAGAUUCUGGUGUCAAAGGAGAAAAGGGCCAUCCUGGUCUUAUCGGUCUUAUCGGACCCCCAGGUGAACAGGGGGAGAAGGGUGAUCGAGGUCUUCCUGGUCCACCAGGAUCACAUGGUUCCAAAGGAGACAAUGGUAUUUCUGGUCCUUCAGGUCCACUCGGUCCCCUCGGUCCUCCUGGAUUACCUGGUCCCGCUGGUCCCAAAGGAGCUAAAGGGUCAUCGGGUCAAACUGGACCAAAGGGAGAGACUGGUACAUCCGGACCUCCUGGCCCUCCUGGCCCUCCCGGCGAUGUCAUCCACCCACUCCCCAUGCAGUCUAACAUGAAGGGCAGAAACCGUAGGAGCAUCGAUGCCAGCCAAGUGUUGGACGACGCGCCUGCGGACGCCAACUACAAGGACUACGACGACGGCAUGGAGGAAAUCUUUGGCUCGCUCAACUCCCUCAAACUGGAGAUCGAGCAGAUGAAGCACCCGAUGGGCACGCAGAACAACCCGGCCCGCACCUGCAAAGACCUGCAGCUCUGCCACCCUGAUUUCCCCGAUGGUGACUACUGGAUUGAUCCAAACCAGGGCUGCUCUCGGGACUCCUUCAAGGUUUACUGCAACUUCACAGCAGGAGGAGAGAGCUGCAUCUUCCCAGAUAAGAAGUCUGAAGGGGCUAGGCUCACAUCCUGGGUAAAGGAGACUCCCGGCUCCUGGUUCAGUGAAUUCAAACGUGGUAAACUGCUCUCCUACGUGGAUGCCGAGGGCAACCCCAUCAGCGUGGUCCAGAUGACUUUCAUGCGCCUGCUGAGCGCGGCAGCCAGACAGAACAUGACAUACAACUGCUACCAGUCGGUGGCCUGGCACAGCCAGGAUCAGGACAACUACGACAAGGCCAUCCGCUUCCUGGGCUCCAACGAUGAGGAGAUGUCUUACGAUAACAACCCCUACAUCCGCGCCGUGGUCGAUGGCUGCGCGUUGAAAAAGGGUUAUGAAAAGACGGUACUUGAGAUCAACACGCCAAAGGUGGAACAGGUGCCAUUUGUGGACAUUAUGUUUAACGAUUUUGGCGGCUCCACGCAGAAGUUUGGAUUUGAAGUGGGCCCCGUCUGCUUCAUCGGCUAAGACUGUUUCCUGAACAAAUGGAGAAGAAGAAAAAAAAAAGCAUAUAUUUGUUUUCUCAGAAAAAAAAAACAAUUGAAAAAGAAUAGGAGAAUUCUAUUUGUAAAAAAGUAACUUUUUUUUUCUUCCAUAAAGCAACAAGUAUGAGUAAAAUGAAAUCAAGUUGAGAAUACAGUGAAAUUCUUUUAGGAAUAGAGGAAAACGAAAUAACCUUGAAACCUCAGUAUGCCUUCUCAUCACAUGCAAGUUUUGAAACUGGAUGUCAGAUCCUGCCUCCUGCAUAAUCAACCCUAGCUCCAUGCCAUCACCCUCCAUUUAGACUUUACCCAAACAACGAAGGCGACCCUGAGAGCUGCAGCCGGUCCAGACGCUCGCAGUAUUUGCCACGGACUCCAUCUGAUGUGGCUCUUUUCUUCUCUUAAGAUCUGAUCUCAUGUUUCCCUUCAUCGCUCUGGCUUUUUUCCACUUGUUUGUUUGCUCAUUCACUACGGGAGCUUUGUUUGUGCAUAAUUCUCUCCCCAUUCCCUCGGAAUGGAUCAUAUAUAUAUAUAUAUAUAUAUAUAUAAAUAUAUAUAAAUAAUUGUUAUGUUUGUAAGUACAUUCUGUAUAUUUUUUUUCCCUGGUAAUGUUUAUCGCUUCUGGCUUCAAAACAUGCAUGUGACUUUAAUAAUUGUGAGGUAGGAGACGACGGAUACAGGGAUAACAUCUUAAACAUUGUAGAAAUAUAUCAAAAGUGAGGAAAUUCGACUUGUAAAUUGACAAAAACUCAAAAAAAGCAACUAAUUGGGAAGUCCUGUCUUGUUGUGGAGCACACCUUGUUGUAAUUUAAGAACAGAAUGGAAAUAAAAGACGAAAACAAGCUCUGUGAUAUUCUGUGAACAACAGCAAAAACUAAAUACAUUCCUCCUUUUGUGCCCUCUGAACAGAACACCCAGCUUGGUGGUAAUAUUAUUAACUUAAUAAACAGCUUCUAUUGUUUUCUUCUAAUACACAUCUGUCUGACUAUGCAAUGGGAGAUGAUGUCACAGUUCAAUGAAAACACAAAGAAAUCCAAUCCUAGGUGCUAUUUUCUCUCUUCUGUGGUGCUAUGUGUUUUUCUUAUUUGUGUUUGAAUGAAAGGAAAUGUGUGGUGAUAAUCUUCCGUCACCAGCAGCCCCCCCCCCCCCUCCUUUGACUCUUAACCACCACAUCCGACGCAGGUGGAUCUUUGCCGCAUCCAUUUACCUAAAUUCUCUUCCAGCGGUGGUGUUUGCAUGCCGUUUACUCGACACGUCCACUCCCAGAUCAGUGCAGCAUGGCGCCGUGUUGUUAUCUCCUGCUUCAGCGGACCACAAACCUGUGCACGUGUUGGGGAGUAAGGAGAGGAAAACUUAAGAUGGUUGCUGUUGGCUUUGCAUAUCAUUGCGCUGAAGCUCUUGGUGUUGGAUCAUCUGAAUCCCAUCACACUGGUGGAGUUGAGAAGCGGACAUGUUGAGGGAUACGUUUUGUUUGGUAAACCCGAAACGCUUCCACCAAAGGUUUUCAGGUAUUUAGCUUUAAGGGGCCGAGGUGGCACGUCUUUCUGUUGUUUUUUGUUGUAUGGGAAACAACUUGAAAAGUAUUUGUCUUGGUUUAACCGCAGCAGUAGCAGGUCACCAGAUGAGAAUGCUGGUUGGUCUACUACUUCCCCCUUUUGUAAUUAUGCUCUUUGUUUAAACUAUGCACUCUCUGCUUAUGACCACUAGUAUCCAUCACUUUGUUGUUUUACAGCCCUUCAUACAUACAUUUGUUUUGACCAUCUUCAAAUAUGUGACUUGAACCAUGUCUGUUAAGAGAACUCAACAUGCUUGUAGAUCUUUGGCUUUUAUUUCCCUCUGUGAUGCAGUACACCCCAAAUUUAACACUUUUCUCUCUCUCUCAAAAAAAAAAAGGAGAAACAAACAUUUUUGUAAAUUUCCAGAACCAGCAGAGAUGCUGCCAUUGUUUUUUUGUUUCCUUUUAUUUUGUAGAUUUCCGUUUGUCUGUGUGUUUGUUUGUUUUUCACAGUCUUUGUCAAACCUGUGUAAGGAUAAAAGGAUAGAAGUUAUAUUGUUUUUUAUGUCAAUAAAUUCAAGUUUACUGUGGCCAUCCACUCUUGUAUGUCUUUUGAAGCAUUAAAACUUAUCUGUAUGCAUGAAA